AUGUCUGAAGUACAAGGAACAGUUGAGUUUUCUGUGGAGCUACAUAAAUUUUAUAAUGUGGAUCUCUUUCAGAGGGGGUAUUACCAGAUCCGGGUGACCUUGAAAGUGUCCUCAAGGAUCCCUCACAGACUGAGUGCUUCCAUCGUUGGGCAGUCAGAGAGCAGCAGCCUGCAUUCAGCCUGUGUCCAUGAGAGUGCUGUACACAGUCGCGUCUUCCAGAUCUUAUACAGAAAUGAAGAAGUUGUUAUCAAUGAUGCCAUGCUUUUCCGGGUUCAUUUGCUCCUAGAUGGUGAGAGGGUAGAAGAUGCACUGAGCGAGGUUGAGUUUCAGCUCAAGGUGGACCUGCACUUUACGGAUAGUGAGCAGCAGCUGAGAGAUGUGAUUGGGACACCGAUGAUCAGCAGUCGCACACUUGGCCUACACUUCCACCCCAGGAGGGGUCUGCACCACCAGGUCCCUGUCAUGUUUGACUACUUCCACCUGUCAGUGAUCUCAGUGGCCAUCCAUGCUUCGUUGGUGGCUCUGCAACAGCCCCUGAUCAGUUUCACUCGCCCAGGAAGAGGCUCCUGGUUAGGCAAAGCUGGCCCAGACACAGGAUCAGAACAGUCCACCAUUUCUCUGGAAAACUUGGUCUUUGGAGCUGGAUACUGCAAGCCAACUUCCUCAGAGGGAAGCUUCUAUGUUCCCUCAGAGAACUGCAUACAACAUGCACACAAGUGGCACCGGGAUCUCUGUCUAUUGCUCCUUCAUGCCUAUCGGGGCCUCCGACUCUACUUCCUGGUCAUCAUGAGAGACAUUCCUGAGCUGCCCACCAUGGAGCUGGAGGCUCUUGCUGUUGAAGAAACCCUUUCUCAGCUGUGCUCAGAGUUACAGAUGCUGAACAACCCGGAGAAGAUAGCAGAGCAAAUCAGUAAAGAUCUUGCCUGGCUGGCUUCCCAUCUGAUGGCUCUGUGGACCCAAUUCCUGGACACAGUAACCCUGCACUCCCAAGUGACCACUUAUCUCACCCAGGAGCAUCACACUUUGAGGGUCCGAAGGUUUUCUGAAGCUUUCUUUUAUAUGGAGCACCAAAAACUUGCAGUCUUGACCUUUCAGGAGAACCUGAUACAGACUCACAGCCAGCUGUCCCUGGACAUCCGGAACUCAGAGUACCUCACCAGCAUGCCUCCAUUGCCCGCAGAGUGCCUGGACAUCGAUGGUGACUGGAACACCCUGCCUGUUAUCUUUGAGGACAGAUAUGUGGACUGCCCUGUCUCAGGGCAUAACUUGAGUGUUUAUCCUAAUUUUGAUGUCCCAGUGACAAGUCCUGCAAUAAUGAAUCUAAAGGGGAAAGAAAAGAAUCUUAUAAAACAAAAGUCAUCUUCAAGAGAGGACAGUUCCUUAUCUACUACAGAAGCACCGCAGCUGAACUCUGAUGAAGAUGUUAUUAAGUGUCCAGAGAUGGAGGAGAAUGUCUCCACCCGGAAUCCUAUGGAUGUGUGCUCAGAAUCUCAGGUGUACCUGACCAUUGGUGAAUUUCAAAACAGAGCAGGCAUGCCUGAAGAUGAAUGCUGGACUGGUCCGAGGCCUGAUGCUGUAAAAGAUUCACUAACAGAUGUGGACGUAUGCAGGAGAAGUCCAGGCCCUGAGGAAGGGCAGACCCCAGCAUUGACCUACAUUGAUGUGCAAUCUAGCAAUAAGAACUACCCUAGAGCCGAGCCUUUGCCAGGCCUUAAUGCUCAGCAUGAACACAGGAGCUCUAGGGACAGCUAUGGUAUUGUUAAGACUAUACCAAGCAAAGUUGUAGCAGGAACAAGCCAGAAUAAUUCCAUCUCUUUAAACCAAACAGCUGCUUUUGAGUUGAGGACUCUAGGGAAGGGAGUCGACCAGGAGGGAAAGCCUAUCCUGCUAAGCCUGAGGCUCACUCCUGCUGAGCCCUGUGACCCACCCAACACUGCUCUGAGGGAAGCUUUGGACACCAAGCCUUCCCUGCCUGACCAUGCGGAAGAGCCGGAAGAUCUUUCAGUGCUCUCUGGCAUUAUAAAGAGGUCAGCCUCCAUAAUAUCUGACUCAGGCAUUGAAAGUGAACCAAGCUCGGUUGCCUGGUCCGAGGCCCGAAGCAGAGCCCUGGAGUUACCCAGUGAUCGUGACAUUUUACAUCAGGUGGUUCGAAGGCAUGCCCACCACAGGAACUCUUUGGAGGGUGGACACACGGAGAGUAACACCAGUCUGCCCAGUGGCAUUCAGGCUUCUCUUUCUUCCAUCAGUUCCUUGCCUUUUGAAGACGAGGAGCGUGAGUUGGCACUUACCAAGCUAACCAAGUCUGUGUCUGCACCCCAGAUCAGCAGCCCUGAGGAUUCUGCUGAAGGUACAGACACCAUAAAGAACACAGCAGGAUUUUCUGAAGAUCUGGAUCUUUCUAGCAAAGACAACAAUUCACCCAAACAAACUUCUUAUGGUGGGUCUAGGGACCAGGAUGUUAGGGCAGGACAUUCCCUUGCAGAUAUAGCUUUAGAUUCUGACAGACCCCAGGGCCCUGGGUACAUGGACAUCCCCAAAGGCAAAGAGAAUCACCCCGAUCUUCAAGAACCCUGUUGCCCAGAUGGCAUGGCUGAGAACACAUUACAUGUUGAAACCAAAGGUCUUAACUUAAAAACACCAUGUACUAUAGUGCUUGAAAAUUCUAAGACCAGGUCUUUUCCUAGAGCAGCAGUGGAAACUGCAAAAGGUAAACCUAAAGAAUUGAGCAUGAGUAAACACAUGCUCUCCAACAACAGCAUCUCAGAAGUCAGGGCUGCGUCUCACCACAGGGUGCCUGGAAUCAGUUGUGCACCAGCUGUUGAAGCUGUCGACCUGAAUUCUACAGGUGUACAAAAUGGUUCGCUAAGUGUCAGUGAUACCAUGACAUUGAACAGAAGACAUAAUGCCUCUCUGGAGGCCAAACAUGAAGCAGGCACUGUGUGCCCCACUGUGACUCACACUAUUCCCUCCCAAGUGUCACGAAACCAAGAGCUGAAGACAGGAACUUCCAUCCCUGGGUCCCACUUGAACUCCACAGAGGCCUUUACUCUGGAUAGCCUGAAGGCAGUGGAAGUUGUUAACUUGUCUGUGUCUUGCACUGCCACGUGUCUCCCUUUCUCAUCUGUACCCAAGGAGACCCCUGCUAGGGCUGGACUCUCUUCCAAACAAAACCCAGCUCCUAUUACUCAUCAGCCUUUGGGUUCCUUUGGCGUUGUUUCUACUUACUCCAGCAAGCUGGAAGAAGAAGUCAGUGAACGGAUGUUCAGUUUUUAUCAGGCCAAAGAAAAGUUUAAAAAAGAACUGAAGAUUGAAGGAUUUCUGUACAGUGACUUAUCUGUACUAGCUUCUGACAUACCAUAUUUCCCACCAGAGGAAGAGGAGGAAAACUUGGAAGAUGGGAUUCACCUGGUGGUCUGUGUCCAUGGCCUGGAUGGGAACAGUGCAGACCUCCGGCUGGUGAAGACAUUCAUAGAACUGGGGCUCCCUGGGGGAAAACUGGACUUCUUAAUGUCUGAAAAGAAUCAGAUGGACACAUUUGCAGAUUUUGAUACCAUGACAGAUCGAUUGUUGGAUGAGAUUAUUCAACACAUCCAGUUGUACAACCUCUCCAUAUCCCGAAUUAGCUUCAUCGGCCAUUCUCUUGGCAACAUUAUCAUCAGAUCGGUCCUCACAAGGCCCCGGUUCCGGUAUUACCUCAACAAACUCCACACAUUCCUCUCAUUGUCUGGGCCUCACCUGGGGACUCUGUACAACAAUAGUACCCUGGUUAGUACUGGCUUGUGGCUCAUGCAGAAACUGAAGAAAUCUGGCUCCCUUUUGCAACUGACCUUCAGGGAUAAUGCUGAUCUGCGCAAAUGUUUCCUUUACCAACUUAGCCAAAAAACAGGGCUGCAGUAUUUUAAAAACGUUGUUCUGGUUGCUUCUCCCCAAGACCGCUAUGUGCCAUUUCAUUCAGCCAGGAUUGAAAUGUGUAAAACUGCCCUCAAAGACAGACACACAGGGCCAGUGUAUGCAGAAAUGAUUAACAACCUCCUCGGACCUCUGGUAGAAGCCAAGGACUGCACUUUGAUCAGACAUAAUGUGUUCCAUGCUCUACCCAACACUGCCAACACCCUGAUUGGCCGUGCAGCUCAUAUAGCUGUGCUGGACUCGGAACUCUUCCUUGAGAAGUUUUUCUUGGUGGCAGGACUCAACUAUUUCAAGUAG